GUCCCCGUGCGUAAGUGUGUGUUUUGCGCGUAUUUUGGCAUCAGACCGAGAGAGACGCAGAGGAGCUGCUCCCACUUCUUCCAGUUAGAUGGAGCGCUGAGGAGCUGGAUUUACACCCGAGCCGGAGCCCGCACUGCUGCAACCGCUGAACCCAGAGCCGGGAAUCCACAGGGCCCAGAUGUUGAUCCACACCUACUCGGCCAUGGAGCGCGCAGACGGCCUGAGCGGCUCUCAGAGCGGCCGCCUGUCCCAGCUGUCCUCCCUGAACCAGGCCGCCUACUCGUCGGCUCCGCCGCUCUGCCACACCCCGGCCUCCGACUUCCAGCCGCCGUACUUCCCCCCGCCGUACCCGCAGUCCUCGCUGCCCUACUCGCAGAGCCAGGACUCGGCCUACUCGCACCUGCCGGAGCCGUACCCGCUCAACCCGCUGCACCAGCACCAGCAGGCGGCCUGGCACUCCCAGCGGUCGCGCUCCGAGGACGCGGGGCUGCUGUCUCAGUCGCACCGGGCGCUCAGCCUCGACCCCCGCCGGGACUACGCGGCCGUGCCGCGGCUGCUGCACGGGCUCGGGGAGGGGGCCGCGGCCCUGGGGGACGGGCCCCUGGGGAUGCACCUGCACCACGGCCUGGACGACCUGCAGGGGAUGGAGGAGGGAUCUGCCCUGGGCAUCCUCGAUCACUCUGUCAUUAAAAAAGUGCCCAUCCCGUCCAAGCUGAACGGCUCGUCCCUGUCGAUGCUGUCAAUGGGGAAGGACGGCAUGGGCUCCGUGUCCAACCCGGCCGAGGUCUUCUGCUCCGUCCCGGGCCGCCUGUCGCUGCUCAGCUCCAACUCCAAGUACAAGGUGACGGUGGGCGAGGUGCAGCGCCGCCUCUCUCCACCCGAGUGCCUCAACGCGUCUCUGCUGGGCGGAGUUCUGCGCAGGGCAAAGUCGAAGAAUGGUGGCCGCUGUCUGAGAGAGCGUCUGGAGAAGAUUGGCCUCAACCUGCCCGCCGGGCGACGCAAGGCCGCCAACGUCACCCUGCUGACAUCCCUGGUGGAGGGUGAGGCCGUCCACCUGGCCCGGGACUUCGGUUACGUCUGUGAGACAGAGUUUCCGUCCAGAGCCACGGCGGAGUACCUGUGCAGGCAGAGCGACCCCGACCAGCUGCCCACGCGACGCAGCAUGUUGCUGGCCACCAAGGAGAUCUGCAAGGAGUUCCUGGACCUGAUGUCGCAGGACCGCUCCCCGCUGGGGGGCAGCCGGCUCACGCCGUGCCUGGAGCCCGGCGUGCAGGCCAGCCUCACCCACUUCAGCCUGCUGACGCACGGCUUCGGCACGCCGGCCAUCUGCGCGGCGCUGUCCGCCUUCCAGAGCUACCUGGUGGAGGCCGUCAAGAUGCUGGACAAAGGGGAGGGUGGGGGCAAGGGCCACCACGAGAAGGAGAUGAAGCACCGCAAAUAGAGGGGGGGGGGACUGACCGGGCCCCCGAGGCUUCAGCCCCGACCCCCGGGAGGGAACUGAGACUAUGACCCCCCCAGAAACCUGGGGGAGGGGCUCCCAGCGGCGAGGGGCGGGGCUUGUGAAGAUACCUGACCUGCAGAAAGGAAACACGGACCUGUCUUCUUCUCUGGGACGGGAUCCUCCUCAGACGGCACUUUUAUUUAUUCUCCUUUGUUUCAUCUUCCUGUUUAAAAGGUCCUGCUGUCACACACACACACUCACACACACACACUCACACACUCACACACUCACACACUUUGGGAAGUGUCUGAAGCCAUAUCCAACACCUGCUCUGGACUCUGGAACUCUGGGAGACUUCGACCGUAACGGGGUUCCCUGCAGCAGGGGCUCAUGGGAAAUGGUGUUUUCCGGGUGGGAGGGGGGGCAUGAGGCAGCUAAAGGAGAUUUAUUUUAUUUUAUUUUCAAGUGUUGAAAAAUGGCAGAUCAUUUUGUACUUUCUGUGAUUGUUUAUUAUUAAUGUUAUUUACUGUUGUUAUUAUUGUAUUACAGCAUAAAUGUAAUAUAUUAUUAAAGAACUAAGAACUGAUUGUGAUGUCCAGGAGGGGUUUGUCUGCACUCCAGCUUUUAAUAAAUAGUUUUAUUGCCCACAAAUUGAUGGCUCGAAACCAGAACAA